AUGGUGGUCUGGAAUACCAAUGAUACUAUGGAGCCUGUUUUUAUUCUGAAGGGUUUUUCUGGACUGGAGUAUGCUCAUUCUUGGCUCUCAAUUCUAUUCUGCCUUGUAUUCUUGGUAGCAUUUAUUGGUAAUGUUACCAUUCUUUCUGUCAUUUGGAUCGAAUCUUCACUUCACCAGCCCAUGUAUUAUUUCCUCUCCAUCUUGGCGCUGAAUGACCUAGGUAUGUCACUCUCUACACUUCCCACUAUACUUUCUGUGUUAUGGUUGAAUGCUCGGAAGAUCCAGGCAAGUGCUUGCUAUACCCAGCUCUUCUUCAUCCAUACAUUCACAUUCCUGGAAUCCUCAGUGCUACUGGCCAUGGCUUUCGACCGUUUUGUUGCUAUCUGCCGUCCACUGCACUACACUACCAUCCUCACCAACAGCGUAAUAGGCAAGAUUGCUUUGGCCUGCUUGUUAAGAAGCAUGGGAGUUGUACUGCCCACACCUUUGCUACUUAGACGCUAUCGCUACUGCCAUGUCAAUGUCCUCUCCCAUCCCUUCUGUUUGCAUCAGGAUAUUCUGAAAUUAUCCUGUUCAGAUGCCAGGGUCAACAGUGUUUAUGGGCUGUGUGUAGUUAUUGCCACCCUGGGCAUGGAUUCCAUCUUCAUACUUCUGUCUUAUGUCCUGAUUCUGAAGGCUGUGCUGAGCAUUGCGUCUCCUGAAGAGAGGCUAAAAGCACUCAACACCUGUGUAUCCCACAUCUGCGUGGUUCUCAUCUUCUUUGUGCCAGUUAUUGGCGUGUCAGUGGCCCAUCGCUUUGGGAAGCAUCUGUCUCCCAUAGUUCACAUCCUCAUGGCUGACAUCUACCUGAUUCUCCCCCCAGUGCUUAACCCUAUUGUCUACAGUAUCAGGACAAAACAGAUUCGUCUACGAAUUCUUCACAAGUUUGGGCUAGGGAGGAGGCUUUAA